UUUAGCAUUAGUGAAAAAAUGCCUUCAGAUGAAGAUAUACCAAUUGAUAUAUACUAUAAUAAACUUCUUGAUUGGCUCAUAGACAGAAGACAUUGUAACUUAAAGUGGCAAGAAAAUGUAUCAUCAAUUCGGGAGAAAAUUAAUUUUGCUAUGCAAGACAUGCCUCCAAACAAAGAAAUAACAUCACUCCUUUCUGGCACAUAUAUUAAUUACUUUCAUUGUAAACAAAUCAUUGAGUUGCUGAAAGAAUGUGGGGAAGGGAACACCAAUUUUUUUGGACAAUAUUCAUCUAAAAGGAUGAAGGAUUGGCAAGAUAUUAUUCAACUUUACACUCAUGAAAGUGUUUACUUAGCUGAAUCAGCAAAUAUGCUGAUACGAAAUGUAAACUUUGAAAUUCCAGCAUUAAAACGUCAGAUUGGCAAAUGUCAGCAAAUACAACGAGAUUGUUCAAGAAAAAUAAAUGAAUGUACAACCAACUCUGCAUACUUUAUGGAUAAAUAUAAAACAAUUUGUAAGCAAAUAGGAAUUAAGGGUACAAAUGUAAGAAAAGAGCUUUUAGAGCAAGUAAAUGAGUUACCAGGUAUAUUUGGAUCUAUAACAGGAAAGCUGAAAGAAAUAUCUGAUGUUUUGAAUUUUUACAGAGCUUUUGUAAAAUUUAUCACACAAAGUGAGUUUGUUGUUGUUGAAAAUAUAUGCUCCAUGAUACAUUUUUUGAUGGUUUACGGUAAUGUAACUGUAUACCAAUGGAAAACUGGUGAGGUGCCAUCAAAAGUUAUAGAUUCUAUAAAAUCUGUAGAUAUGGAUGAAAUGAUAAAAUUAAGUGAAGGUUCUUUUACUCAAGAAGACAAUCAAGAAGAGAUUGAUUGGGGCUGUGAUUUAAAUACUGAGAAUCUUGAAGUUGGCGGUGAAGAUAUUGAUUGGGGAACUUGUGAAGUAUUAGAUAAUUCAGUUGCAGCUAUUACUGUUGAAGAAGAUGGACAAGAUAAUCCUAUUGGUGGUGUUGCAAGUGGCAAUGAAGCCUUAAAUGUGCUAGAAAAUACUUCUACAAGAAAUAUUUUCAUUGAUGAACUUUAUGAGGUUCAGUCAUUUCUGGAGCAACGUGUUAUUGAGAUGAGUUCUGAUGCUGAUAUGAUAACCAUUUGUCAGUUUCAGUUAGCUCCUGAAAUUGUUCAAAAUCAAACAAAAGAGUGGUUACUGCUGCAAUUAUCUCGUGUCACGUCUAUACUUUCAGAGAUGACUUCGUUAAAAAUGCAAAAUUUAUAUUUGAUACAAAAUUCCCCUAGAUAUGUCGAUAGAAUUGCCGAUUCUUUAAUUCAAAAAUUAACUACGUCUGAAAAUCUCAUGAAACAAAUAAAUAUUCUUGAAGAACGCUCUCAGAAAGCACAAACUUUGCAAGCUGAAACUGAGCCCAAAUUGGAAGUCAUUAUUAGAAAGACAAAAGAAUUACAGAAACAGAUUGAGAAAGAAAUAAGCGUCAGGUACAAAGACCGAAGAGUAAACAUUAUGGGUGAAAUUAAUGUAAUAUAAAUUUAUGGUUACCGUAAAAUAUAUUUAAAAGUUAACAAUA